AUGAGCUGCAUUCCACUUCCACUUCCGCCAAUUCCACCACAAUUACCAGAAAUACCGAAACAAAAGGGAAUGUGUGAAGAAAUCAGCUACGAUGAAAUCUAUAUGCCAAGUGAAAUGGAUGGAAAUAGUAGCGGGAAUCGAACACGGCCGCAAAGUGUGGAGCAGACGGAGCCGGACACACAACAAGCAACCGCCGAAAAUGACGAAAAAGAACCGGGAGAGGUUACGGACGAGAAAUCGACAACACAUCCACCGAAAGAGAGAUUAUCGUUGGCGCCGCCCGUUUCUGCCGCCGUCGUCUCUGAUGCGAAUUGUCGUCGCGGACAGCGACGAGUGCAUAUCAGUACGGCAAAGCAGCCAGCGCAGCCGUUCAACAGCAGUAAACCCAGCUGCCAAUCUUCCCAAUUAUCGAUCGUCGACGAUCGAUCACUAUUGAUGAUCGUUGAAGAUGUGAUGCGUCACGUAGAGAACGCACUGUCGAAGGAAAGAGACAAGAAAACGGAGUCGAACACUCCACGUCAGUCUGAGUCGUCAGAAAACGACAAAGAACGCAAAGAAAAGGAUAAGAAGGACCGGUCACCAGGUAAAUCAAGUAAACGACGAAAGGCAACGAGAUCGAGCCCAACGUAUAGUGAUAGCGGCUCAUCGCGUAGCAGUAAAAGUCGUAGUAGGUCACCACGACGAUCACGGCGAAAGCGAAGACGUUCACCGUCGAAGAAACGUGCGCGGAGCUCAAGCUCAUCUAGCCGCGGGACGUACGAUGAUUUCGAUUUCGUUCUACCGGAAGAUGAAUGUCCAUUCGCGUGUAGGCAAUGUCAUCGCGGUUUCUACACUAUAAAAGAAUUAGCCGAACACGAAGUUCGUGCUCAUGACAUGAAAAUACCAUGUGCACAUUGUGACAAGAACGCUGUUUCUAUCACAAAGUUGGCAGCUCAUAUGCUUUUUCGUCAUCCAUCAAUGGAAGUUGUUUGUUAUUACUGUGACCAAAAGUUUGGUGGUCCUGCCGAUAGGCUUGACAAACCAGCAUGGGACGAUUUCCGAGGCCACGUUUAUAAGGAAAUUUUGAAAAAGAAAAUGUAUGAACACUCUUCGAGGGCCAGUGGCGCUUCAAGUGAUGCAGUGGCGUUACGAGGCGUCGGUAGAUGCCCGCAUGGUGCUGCUGUGAAGUGCAAAAAUUUCCCGAAUUGUCCUGGAGCAAAGUGCAUUUAUUCCCAUGGACAAUGUCGGUACGACAUCACAUGCAAUAAAUCGACGUGUCCGUUUGACCACACUAACCGACCACGUGUAUGUAUGGCAUGCUUAAAUGAUAUGAAGAACGAUCGACACCGACGGCGGUAUUAA